AUACCGGCAGUGGAGCGCAAUGCUAUGAAGCCGAAAGACUUCACACGUCAGCUCCCUAAGCCUAUUGUAGUAACCGUAUAUGUCAACGACAAACCUGUACGUGCAUUGGUGGAUACGGGUUCCAUGGCGGAUUUCAUAUCGACAACCGUAGUUGAUCAGCUCGGACUACACAAGGAGAUAUUAGCCAAACCGUUACCUGUCCAGCUUGCAGUACAUGGCUCCCGAUCGAAGAUAAACUGCGGUACCACAGUUGAUUUCAAGUAUCAGGGAAUCGACUGUAAGCGGCGGUUCGAUGUCGUCAACCUAGACAAUUAUGACAUGAUUUUGGGCACACCUUUUCUCUUUCAGCAUAAAGUUGCGAUUGGCCUCAAUCCGACCAGAAUUUCAGUGGGCACGAUGGAUCCUGUAGAUAUCUCUGGAGAAGAGGUCGCCGUGAUAACGUCAGCAGCAGCAGACUUACUCGAGGAUGAGCUUGAGAAACUUCGGACCGAAUUGAAACGCGAUGCGGCGGAUCUGUGUCAGGACGGCGCACGUGCUGCGCUGCCUCCGCUGCGGGACGUCAAUCAUGCUAUCCCACUGAUAGAUGAAACGAAAGUGUAUUCCUGGCGUCCUUCUAAGUGUCCAGAUGCACUGAGACCGCUGUGGCACGAGAAGAAAAAGGCAUACCUA